CUUCAGCGGUUUCACAAAGCGGCAAUUUAUGCUGGGGGACGUAUAUUUGUAUUCGCGUAUACACACAUCCUAAAUGUAACGAAUUUACAACCAAGACUCUUUGUAUAUUUAUUUAAUUUUCAUUCUCUUUUGAAAAUAAAAGAAAAAAAGGAAAACUCAACUGUGACGAAAAGUUCGCAUUUUUUGUAUGAUUUCUGCGUUAAUGAAUGAAAAGUGGCUCAUGAAGUGGUGGAUCUUAAAAUAUUUCGUCAGAAGAAUUAAUUAAAAGUUUAACUUUUCUAUAUUUGUUGGAUCGGAAAUUUAUUGUCUCUUUGGAUAUAAUUUUACUGAAAUUUAUCAAUUAAUUGAACGGUGUAGUUAUACACAUUAAUGUGGAAAACGUUUUAAAGUUGAAAUUGUUUGAGGGUGUUUCGGGUAGAGGAGAUGGACUUUCUGUAUUUGAUACAAUUUGUGGAUAAUUUAUGUAUACAGAGAGAGGACAAACAAAGAUUCUUUGUUUGAUUUAAUAUAUUCAAUUUGCAUUCGGUAGAGCUGAUGACAAAGAAUUAAAACAUUUCUCGUUCGUUCACAUUUUCGUAUCAUGGAAUCUCGUCAAGGACAAUUUCCAGCAACUUUUCCGGACACAUUUAAAAACUUUUUCUCAAUGUUAAAUGAAGAAGAAGACCAUGUUGAACUAUUUUCCAAUUUAUUGGAGGACAAGAUAAUACCUCGUUCCAAUAAAUGCAAAUUUCGCGGAACUGCCACAACGAACAUAUCAUCCGUUAGCCGUGGUGGCCAUGGAUGUCGAAAUUUGUCAAAUACCACGAAUUUUGGUCGAUCGAAUUCGUUUCGUAUGCCACGAUCGGGUAAUGACUAUUGCAAACAUAUGAAAUACUGUUGCCUUCAUCAAAAUCAAAAAACUUAUUUCCUAAAACACGACGACCGCGGAUUACAUAAUAUUAGCGAUGAUGAAAAACGUCGAAAACAUUUUGGAAAAUUAACGGAAAAUGAUCAUGAAAAUGAGAGUAGCUGUGAAAAUUGUGAUGACAGCGAUACCACAAGUACUUGUUCAUCAAAUAAUGCCACAUCUUACAGUUGCCUAUUACGGCGUAACAAAGGCAUACACGGCUGUAGAGGAGGAGAUGUUGGAGCGCCAGGAUAUGUAGCGAGCGUAAGCACUUGCUCUAAUGCUAUUAACGCUCCAUGUACCAAAUAUUCAGAACACCAAAAUGCUCCGUCAUCAUCAUCAACGCCGACUUCUAUGAAUAAAUGCUUAAACGACAAAAACAAUAUUGGCAUCUCCAAACCAACGGACCGAAUCAAAGUGUCGAAGUCGCCAGCAUUUCGCCGUCGACGUGCCUCAUCUAUUGCGGCUACGUACAUAACAUCGGAACAGACAUAUCAAAAGGAUGGAGAAUCGAUGCCUUGGGGAAAUAACGAGCUGCAAACACGAUUUUUGCAUUCGAAAUCACCAGCAUCUACGGCGUACAAUAAAACGGUGGAGGAUGUCGGAAGCAAUAAUACGGUGAAUAUGCCAGUAAAACAAAAACAAAGACAAAGAACUUCAAGUAUGCCGGGAGAGAACAGAAAGCCUAGAUUAGCUGAUACUCGUAGAGCAGCAAUUCAUUGUGCCGACAUGGAUUUGGAAUAUUAUCGUCUGCGAAGUUUUAGCAUAACAUCGCAUGGCGUUUGCAAUUUGGGUGAUUCGAUGAGGAGUAGGAGGUCUCGCUCGAUUAAUUCAGUGACUUCUACUGGUACUUCGAAUAGCGGGAAGGAUAGAAACAAUAGUAAUGCGUCUCAGAUAUCAGCUAAUGAAGUUGAUGGAUGUACAGAUAACACCUCCGUGAUCUUAUCUUACAAGGUGGCCAUGCUUGGUGACACGGGUGUGGGCAAAACAACGCUUACGCAUCAGUUUACAACUUCCGAUUACAUUUGUGCCUACGAUUUAAGUUUAGAUGAUGAUUACGGACAAAAAACGGUUUCAGUGCUGUUGGAUGGUAAGGAGACUGAUUUAGAAAUAGUGGAUCAUCCGGCCUGCGAAAUGUCGACUGAAGCAUUUUGCUCUACUUACAACAUUGACAUAUUCGUCGUCGUAUAUUCUGUUGUAGAUAGAAAAUCGUUUAAAACGGCUGAGAAAGUUCUGCACUAUUUACGCGAUAGUGAGAUGCUUUUUACAAGAGGCGCUAUAUUGGUUGGAAAUAAAACAGACUUGGAACGUCAGCGUCAGGUUCCACGGCAAGCUGGUCGCCGCCUUGCUAAAGAAGUCGCCUGUAAAUUCAUCGAAACAUCGAGCGGCCUAGAUCAUAAUGUAAACGAACUACUAGUUGGCAUUGUGGCUCAAGUAAAACUAAAUCCGAAACGUUUAAGCAAUCUCACAGCGAGACAGAGGCUAAGCUAUAGUACCAACAUACAAAAGCAUCGAACUAGCGAUAGGCCGUUUGUGAAAGUGUGUAAACCGAACCCCAACAUUACCACGCGAAAAGUUUCGGGACCAAAUAGUGCUGGGAAUGCUGCUGGCACACAAUUGGACAAACUGAGCAACGAAAAGGACUCCUGCUGCGGCGUUUUUGAUGACAACGAUAGCGAAGACGACAAUGAUGAUGGCGAGAAAAAGUUUGAUAAAAGUGAUGGUGAUGAUGAUGACGAUGAAAAUAACGAUUGUUUUUACGAUAAAUUCGAAGCAAAAUCAGAAGGUCCAAGUUGUUCGACAACAACAAAAACACAAAAGUCUUAUGUCAGCCCAACGCAAUCACCGAAGAAAAACAGCUUAGAGUCAGAUAAACCGGUAUCGAAAAUAUCCCUUCGAACCAAAUAUUUUUUAACUUCGAUUUUAAAAUUUAAGCGAAGCUUACGAGUAAAAAGACGACAUUCAAACAGUUGUAGCGAUUUAUUCGUUAUCUAAGUGUAGUCGAUCUCACGGUAUAUGAAUUGAAAGUGAAGAGAGGCAGAAGAAGGUGAACAAUAAGAAACAUAUGAUUAAGAUUUUGGAGAAAUGGAAGGAAUUUUUGAAUGAAAUAAUUUAAGGAAUUUCGCGGGAAUGGCGAUGGAGGUACAUGUUUUUCUCUCGAAAAACUCUUAUUGGUUUCGUGACGUCGAUGUGAAGUAUUAGAUUUUUAUUAAACAAUGAUGAACCGUCAAUGAAGGUUUGCCAAUGGCACAAUGUUGCAGAGGUAGGACUAAUUAAAUAACACGUAAAAACCGCGGACUUCCUUUAAAAAUUAAUCCAGUCUCUCAACUUCUCUCCAUUCGUUCCACGAACACUCGGAUACGUGUACAUUCUUGCCAAACACCCAAACUCAUAUUGUCAUAAGUCACUUACUUAUACACUCGUCUUGUAGGAACUACAAUGAAAUCAUGAAUGAGAGUAUGCAAAUUACCGCCAAACUUGAUUGACUUAAAUUUUUCAUCAUGUUUCGUUUGAAAGUCCAGUAAGAAGUCAAAGUUGAAAUAGAGAUAUCCAAAAACCCAAAGAUAAAACAAAUUCUGUCACAAAAGCAGCCGCAGAGAAUCCAAACACAGUCUAUUAGAAUGUCACCUCAUUUAAAUCGUAUAGUUACGAUCGACCAUCAACAGCAUCUAAAGUCUAAUUUUGUGUCUCCCGCAAUUGACUAAAACAGACAUUCUUGUCGUGCGUGUAUAGAAGGCACACAUUAAGUCUUCUCCAAUUUCUCUCACCUUCCUCUUGUCCUGUCCAUUAAAAUACAUUGGUCACACAAACCUUAAUGAAAAGGAAUGUUGUAUGUAGGUGCAUACAUCGUUUGUUUGCAAAUUCGUUUGUUUGAUUUUCAUCUUAGAAUUGUUACAUUCGAACAGAAAAUUGAGGUGAGAGAAGGUAAAAAAAAACUCCAAAAAUAAGCUCAAUUUGAAAUUGUCAUUGUUAUUAUGCUAAACCUUAUAAGUAUUGCUUUUACCGUUAUAUCCGUUCGGAAAAACCUCCGUUUGUGUAUAACAAUUUUCGGCAAUUUUGAUGAAAGUUUUUUUUCCCAAUGUAAGUAUACGAGAAAUUAAUGCUCAACAAAUCGUUUGCAAAUCACGUAGAAACGAGUUUACUUUAUGAAAGGCGAUUAAUUCGGAAAAGAUGAGGAAGCGAAAAAAAAAUAGACGGGUGAGUGAGAGCCUAUUGGGUAUUUCAAUGAAAUCGUUUUUUUUUUUUGGGGAAAUUGUUUUGCAUAAAAAUUAAUCGCAUGGGAUGGUGAGACAGCGUUAAGUUAACUUUUCAUGAUUUUAUGUGAGUUACGUUUCGAAAAUUUAAGCAGAAAAAGUUAUGCCAGAAAUUGAAUUUGGUUCAUUGGUAUCUAUACUAGAAAUUUGUUUUAUUUUUCGUAAUUCAGGGUAUUUGUUCGCUAUUGAAAAUUAAUAUCGAUAUUGGAAUGAUAAUCGGUAUGGUAGCUAUUCCUGGAAAUGAAUAUGUCUACAAUUACUGAAAAUGGAGCGAGUGUGUAUCAGCAACACGCUUCGGUAACUUUCUUUUACUCUUUUCAGUUACCGAAGCAAGUUGCUGAAAAACGCACGAGUGAAUUGACUACUUUCGAACGGAGCAUAAAAUAACAGUUUUUACGUACAUCCGUAAGUUUUGUCAACGUUUUAUAUUGAUACUUCACCUUGAGAGAAAUAUCUGCUGCACUAUUCCUGCAAAAGUUGGUGAAUUUUACAGACAUUCUCCCAUUUCCUUUGUAUGUUCUAUGCUAUGUCAUACAUAUUCCAAACGUUGACAAAGUUGCAGUUUACUUUAAAAAUCAUAAAAGAAUAAACAUAAACAUCCAACCCCGAUUUCAAUAACAACGUAAAAUAAGCAGAUCCGAGAUAUUUUUCCAUAAAAAAACACAUUUUUUGUAGUUUGCAUACUUUAUUCCAAUAUAAAUGCCUUUAUACUUAUUGUAAACACUCCCUUCGCUUCUUCUUCGUCUUUGUCGAAUCCCAUUCCCCUACAAUAUGCCUGAUGUGUGUAUUUAAGAGCAAUAAUACAGAGUAAUCCAUCUUGAGCCGUCUACAGAGUAUCGAAAUCGCCAUCACAGCAAUGUCGUAUAUUAUCAACUCCGCAUACUAAACGACGUCAUUCCCGUGGGAUUCUACCAUAGAAAUUAUGUACUAGGAAAAACCACACAUAUACAUUUUACACUUGUCUCGUUGGUUGUUAACUGGCGAAUACACAUGUCGAUCUACCUACGACUGAACCGUUCAUCAAUACACAUUCUUCCCUUUAGUUAUAUAAUUUCUGUGGAUUCCAGUGAGACAUUUAAUAUGAUGAUGACCCGACAAUCUAAUUGUGCUGCUAUCGGUUGAAAGUUUAUUUAUGUACACGAUGCAAUAUUGUAAAUUACGUGCAUCUUUCUAAAUUAAACGAGUGCAAGUGCAAAGUUUGUAACUCGAGCCGACUGCAAAUGGUAUUAUCAUAUACAAGUCGAAGUAAAAGUUUAGAAGGAUUUACGUAGUUUCGCUUAAUCUCGAUAAAUUACUGAUUUUUUUUUAAAUAAUUCAAUUUAUUAUCAUCCUAGGACGUGUGGGAUACAAUUCACUACAUAGUAAAAAACCAGGCAGGAGCACUUCGUUUUUCGAAUGUCAAAUAAGAGACCUAAUAGACUGUAUGCAAAUGAACACUGGCAUAAACUGAAUUGAUUUUAUUCGCAAAAUAAAAGGCUAAUAGAUAAUUCAGGCCUCUCGUCAAAUCGUCCACUCUUGCCUGGUUUAUUUAACUCUGCCGUGCUGAACUUUAACGCUAGCGAGUAAUGACUAAUUUGCGUGGAGUGCAAGUGACUCAUAAUGCGAAGUAAAUUGACUUCAUAUCUAGAAGAACUUUGCCUUUCGUUUUUGAGUGAAAGUACAUUACAUUACUUGUUUGGACAUUUUGUAAUUUAUUGUUGCGCUAGACAAAAGAAAGUCAUGCCGAAACAUGUAAAUUCUCUGGGACGAAUGAUGGACAAUGCUUCUUGUGUGAUUAUUGAUUAUCAUCUUCGGCUCGGAUCAACAAAUUGCACACAAGAAGCUCUCUCUCCAUAUAAUUUUUGCCCUCGUUUUGGAUAAUGUAAUGUACUGUUUCCUAACCUGCAUAUACCCAUCUGAUAAUACCAACUACUGUAACUUUAACAAUGUAAACUAGAUUCUAAGCAAAAUUCAAAAUUAAUUUAAAAUUUGAACUAAAGCUGUGGUGUAAAGAAACAA